GCGGGCGCAGCGCUGGCAGAGGCGGGGCCGGGCCGGGCGGUGCCGGAGGAGCCCGAGCCCGGCAGUGCCGGCUGAAGCCCUGGUCCGCUCGGUUCGGCUCGGCUCGGCUCGGCUCGCUGCCCCGGCAUGGCGCAGGCGGCGCUGGGCGCGGCGGGGCUGCACUUUGACGAGCUGAACAAGCUGCGGGUGCUGGAGCCCGAGGUGGCGGCGCAGACGGCGCAGCUCCGCGAGCAGUGCCGGGCCUUCGUGGACAAAACAGCAGAAUUUCAGAACAUAGUGGGCAGCUUGAUUGAGCUCGUUGACCAACUGGCCAAAGCUGUAGAAAGUGAGAAGAUGAAGGCCAUCGGGGCACGGAACCUGCUGAAGUCGAUUGCAAAGCAGAGAGAGGCUCAGGAGCAGCAGCUCCAGGCUUUGAUAGCUGAGAAGAAGAUGCAGCUGGAAAGCUCCCCUCCCAGCUCCGGGGGCUGCCCUGCCCCACCUGGCACGGGGGUCCUGGGCCCUGUUCUGUCUCGCAGGUACCGGAUCGAGUACGAGACUCUCUGCAAAAUCGAAGCGGACCAGAACGAAUUCAUCGACCAGUUCAUUUUCCAGAAAUAGAGGAUUUCAAGAUAAAAACCAGCUCACGCGGAAACUUGACCAUUCCAGAACCUUGAGAAUUCCAGAAAUAUGCAAUUUCCCCUGUGCAGGAGUGCGGAUGGUUUGUGCACUGGAGGGGCUGUACCUCGGUUUGAGUGUCCCAUGGCAAUAAGAAGGGCUGACAGCUCACAGCUGCACAGACUGUUCUGGCCUUUGAUUUUAUACCAGUUUUGUACAGUCACUAGUUCUAAUUCAAAUUCCAGUUGAAUUAAUGCUACUGGUGCUUUGUUGUGUCGCUUUUUGAAAUCUACAGCUCUUUCAUAAAAAUCAGAAAAUAAAUUAUUGUUCUCAGACUGCCUGGCUGUACCAGAA